AUGAGUGAUAACAAUCAAAACCCUAAUGAAGAGGACUUCGAAGAUCAUAAAUCAGCUCCAAGUGAGAAGGAUGAAGAUGAACAAGACGUUAUUUAUCUUGAUGAGGAUGAGAUUGAACUAGUUGAUAACGAGGAUAAUGAUUUCUAAACAAUCAAUGAGUCUGAGAUUGGAGAUCCUAAUCAAUAUGAUGAUGGUCAAAUAUUGGCUUAGGAAAUUAUUCAAGAUGACUCAAUAAUUUAAUUUAAUGCCCAUAAAGACUCUGUUUUCUGCGUCCAACUAGUGCCUCAUGAGCCAUUCAAUAUGUUUAUUAGUGGUGAUUGUAAUGAUAAAGCUUAUGUUUGGAAGAUAGUCAAAGAAGCUCCAGAAUCCCCAGCAGAGAACAAUUCAACAGAUUAGGAGGAAAGCAAAACAGAGGACUCAAAAGAACCAACAACAGAUGCUAGCAGCCACACUUUUUAGAUUAAGACAGUUGUUGUUAAGGAACUAGAAGGUCAUACUGAGACUAUAGAAAUAGCCAAAUUCAAUCAUGAUGGUAAAUUCUUAGUAACUGGAGGAAUGAAUAAUCAAUUACGUAUUUGGAAUGCAGAAUAAGACGCAUUUGACCUUAAAUAUGUGAUUACUGAUGGACCAACUGAAGACCUUAAUUUCUUAGAAUGGCAUCCUAAGGGUAAUGUAUUCAUUACUGGAGGAAAGGAUUACCUAAUCUGGCUUUACAAUGGUGGAAAUGGUACAUUCAUUAGUUGCCUAGCAGGUCAUGAAGCUGAAGUUUUCCAAGCCAAAUUCACUACAAGUGAUGGAGGCAAGCAUGUUGUCAGUUCAAGUGCUGAUAAAACCAUUAGAGUCUGGGCUCCACUUAAGAAUGAAUGUCUAAGGAUAAUUAAAAACACUAGCACUAGUGGUAUUUCAGGUAAAUUCCAUGAGGCAGAUAUAAAUUGCUUCUAAUUGCAUCACGAAAGACCCUUGAUUGUAAGUGGAGAUAUCUCGGGCAAGGUAUUCUACUCUCAUUUGCUUACUGGAGAAGUUGGAACUCUUUUGGGUACUCAUGUUGAUUCUGUUGAAAGUAUAGUAUUCUGUAAAACACUACCAGUCUGCGUCUCUGCUGGCAUUGACUCAACAAUUAAUAUAUAUGAUCUUGCGACCAAUGAUAUCAGGUUUAAGAUUAAUCCAACUGGUGAGUAUGGUGGAUUUACUAAGCUCUAAUUCUCUUAAGUUAUUCCUCAUGUUCUACUAGCAUCUUCUACUCUUGGAGAGUUCUUAGUAAUCGAUGUUCGUGAUGGACAGACACUAAGAAACUUUAAAGGACACGCAGCACCUAUUAAUGAUUUUGUAGAAGUCAAAAACUUGGAACUUGUAGUAACUGGAGGUGAUGAUAAUCAGUGCUUAGUAUUCGAUCUUAGCGAAGUAUACUAAUAACAAAGAGUUGCACUAACUAAUUGA